AUGGUUCGGUUCGGGCUGACGGUCGUGCGGCAUGGAGAAACAAGAUACAACAAAGACAAGGUACUGCAAGGUCAAGGAGUGGAUGAACCACUCUCUGCAACUGGUUUCAGGCAAGCAGAUGCUGCUGGUGUAUUUCUCAGUAAUGUGAAGUUUACCCAUGUCUUUUCGAGUGACCUCCUUCGAGCAAAGCAGACUGCUGCUGCCAUUCUAGGGAAAAACAGGUUUUGCAAAGACUUGGAAAUCAAGUACGAUGCAAGACUGCGAGAGAGAAAAUAUGGUGUUGCAGAAGGAAGGCCUUUGGCUGACCUCAAGGCUAUGGCAAAGGAUGCUGGAGAGCAAUGUCCUUCAUUCACACCUUCUGGGGGAGAAACACUGGAUGAAGUGAGAGAGCGUGUGAGGGAUUUUUUUGAAUUCCUGUGCCAGCUGGCUGUUGAGUUGGAGCAGAAGGGGCACGGCAAGCCUGGUGUCCCAUGCAGAAGUUCAGGAACAUCUGGAGAACAAUUUGUUUUCCCUUGGAUGAACCACUGCAGUGAGGCAGAGCCAAGCUCUGAGGGAAGUGGAUCUUCCACCGUAUUAGAUGCCAAUAUUUUGGUGGUGAGUCAUGGAGCCUACAUGAGGAACUGGAUUGGCUAUUUUGUGUCAGAUCUCAACUGUACCUUACCACCAAAUUUAAGCAAGUCCCAGCUGUCUUCUGUCAGUCCUAAUACUGGAGUCAGUAAUUUCAUUAUAGAACUUGAAAACAGGAGUUUGUUAAACCCCAAAAUCAUGUGUGUCUGUCUUAACCAAGACUCUCACUUAGUGGAUGUGGGAGCUGAAUGUGUAGCUUCAAAAGUGUUUUAA